ACGAAGGAACAACUCACCUUAACGAAGAGGAUUCGCGGACUGUAUCAAGAGCUCUUUGACCUCACUGACCCGGAGUCAGGAGAACCGAUCCAGUACAUCUUCAACGUUGUUCCUGACAAGAAGCACUACCCUGAUUACUAUACUUUUAUCAAGGCGCCAACCUCGUUCAACUCGAUAAAGAAGCGUCUGAACCAUUACCAAAGCCCAAAUGAGUUCAUCAAGGACCUCGUUCAGAUCGUGUGGAACGCACGCACCUAUAACGAGAAGGAGUCCUUUGUUUGUCGUUAUGCUCAGGUCCUGGAUGACUUCAUCAAGAACAGGGUGAUGCCCAAGUUCGCCAGUGCUGGAUACGAUGUUGGGUAUCCAGAUCUGUCUCCUAUAGAGGAAGGCAGUGCUGGUGUGUUGCUUCCAUACAACUAUGGUAAGGAGAGACAGUCAACGCCAUCGCCUACCCCAGUGAUGCAUCAACAGACCAUGCGUCUUAUUACUACUACUCCACGUUCUGUCUCGAGGGCGUCUGUCAGAUCCACGCCAAUGCACGACGAGGAGUACGAGGAGGAGGAAGAGGUUGUCAAGAAACGCUACACACACAAGGAGCAGAGUUUCAAAAGAGGUAGACCUCCUGUGAUUGAUAAACCGUAUGAACAGAGAAUCAAGAACGUUUUGAGAAACUUGAGAAGGGAAAAGGGUGUUGAAGGUGAUUCUCUCACUCUUUUGUUUGAAAGAUUGCCAGACCCAAGAGAUUAUCCGGACUACUACAAGAGCAUUACGCAACCAAUAUCUCUAGAUGAGAUUAAGAAGAAAAUCAAGCAGAGAAAAUACAAGGAGGUUGAGCCUUUUGUCCAGGAUAUGAAACUGAUGAUCGCCAAUGCCAAAUACUAUAAUGAUGAAUCCUCCACUGUCUAUAAGAAUACACUGCUAUUGGAGAAGUGGUUUGUCAGGUUCUUGGAGGCUGAGAUGAAGAAACCAGACUCUGAUUUCAUCUCACACGAUUCUCUUAAAUUACCAUUGGAACAAUUAGAACUUCGUGGAAAGCUCUACAAAAUCGGAGAUUGGAUCUUGAUCAAUAACCCAAACGAUGCUCAGAAGCCUAUAGUUGCCCAACUAUUUAGAAUAUGGCAGACACAGGAUGGACAACGUUGGAUCAAUGUUUGUUGGUAUCUACGUCCGGAACAGACUGUUCAUAGAGUUGAUCGUUUAUUCUACGACAAUGAAGUGUUCAAAUCAGGUCAAUACCGUGACCACUUGGCAGAUGAGAUCUUGGGUAAGUGUUAUGUUGCGUAUUUCACCCGUUAUCAACGUGGUGAUCCAGCAAUCCCGUACGAGGGGCCAUUGUUCAUCUGUGAAUACCGUUACAACGACAAUGAUAAGAACUUCAAUAAGAUCCGUACAUGGCGUGCAUGUUUGCCAGAUGAAAUCCGUGACCAUGAGGACCCAAUCACUCCUUUACCUUCACUACGUCGUUUCAAGAAAAUUGAAUCCCCGUUGAAACACUUGCUUCCACCAAAUGCAACGCCUCAUAUGCCUAUACCUGAACCAAUUAUUGGGGCACCAAAUGCACCACCACUCCACGGUGCCGUUUACCUUCGUGAUGUUGAUCCAACCGAUGAUUUGGGCCAGUAUGCGAGUUCCAGAAACUGUCCUAAAUACAUCAUUCGUCCAAAUGACCCA